AUGGAUGCCAGGAACAUGCCCCUCUUCGAAAGGCAAUACCGUUUUAACGUUAUUACACAGCGGUCUCCGCCCAACUACUCGAGGCCCUUGGACCAGCUAAGCCCACCUGCCACGCCUAGUUCUGCAGACCACCACGGAGAUCCUAUUACAUCGCCGUCGUCCACUUUGUGGACUUGGAGAAGUGCAUCGCCUCCUCUGAGGCGGAAGGCUUCGACUAAGGAUCUUACCAGUGCAGCAUACAGUGACCUGUUUGUUGACCGUUACGUCACGGGACCGACUCCCACGCUAGCGCCCUUACCGGCGGCAUAUCUCCGGCCUUCACUUCUUCCAGCUUUUCCACCACAAUCACCGCACCAACAAAGAUCGCUCUCAUCACCUUCGCUCUCAUCAACGAUCUCCACGCUACAUUCAACACCAGCACACUCUCCGCAGCCUUGCGGUGUCGCAGGACAAGGCCCGCCCUCUCAGCGUAGCGGGAUCACAACAAAACGUAAGUUUCUUGCAUUGAAACCGUCUAAGCGGCUUCCCAGGCAGGCGGAGCAGCAGUGGUGUGUUUACGCGGCGGUGAUUGACACUGGUUCGUAUGACCUUGGGUCAAGGCCUGCAGCGAGUGAUCCAGAGCUACGAGCAGCGGGAAACCAAGCGGAGGGUGGCGGUUGCGGCAACGGUCCCGUUUGGGCCGCUGAAAGCGGCAACACUAACAGGAAAAUCGGUGGUCGUUCAGUGAGAUUUGCAGGUCUUGCGCAAAGUUCGAGCGGCAGCGCCGAACCUUCAUCAGGCGAGGAUAAGGUAUCAAGUCGAGAGUCAACCUACACCCUCUCCAAAUACAGAUUCCCAAUCCCGCCAAACUAUAACUGGACGGACACCUUUGGACAUUCCAACGAGCCAACUCCGCCGACCAGUCCGGCUACGCUGCAUUACCGAGGCGCUUCAUUUGAUCUGGUCAAUCCUCACGCAUCACUGCUGGUUGGAAAGCACGACAUCGAAACACCAGGCGAAAUUGACGGCUUACUUGACACUUAUUUCCUUGAAGACGCCGACAUGUCGUAUGACAAUCUUACAGGCGAGCCAUCCUCGCCAUCUUUGAGCGCCAGUCUGAGCAGUUCGAGGCGCGUAAGGCGGUAUGCCGACCCGGAAAGUGCAAGAUUUGGCAUUAUGGGCAUCCCCACCAUGCCGAGUGCAACGACUUCUCCUCACGACUACGAGCCAUCUGCAGAAAGACGCAGCGUAUUACUUGCACGAGAAGCUUCGCGCCGAACCCAUCCAGUGAAUCAGCGUGAAGCCAUCAUCGCGGCCAAUCUUCCGCGCGAAGACUCCAGUAUUAAAGACUCGAGCCAGCGCACGAGCUCUGCGUAUCCAUACAGCACACGCAGUAAAAUCAGCAACCCAUUCGACCUCUCGGUCAGUGAUGAUGAUGCAGUUGAAGUGCGGCAGCGCUUUACAGACCCCAUCGAGGUUGUGCGUCGCUAUCAGCAUCCCGAAAGCGCGACCGAGCGAGCCGGAAGUGGCGAGCCGUCGGUGUAUGAUGAAGGUGCAGAUGCUGAGGCGCGUGCCUUCCCACUAGACAGAGACACCACGAUAGAUGAGAUUGUGGAUCAGUACGGCUAUCAGCACCCAUCGCAUGCUCUCCAUGAGCAUGCUAUUCACAAGAGCAUCAGUGACUCAUCGCUGCUGAUGGGCGCCGAUACGUACAUCCUGAACCGCUCAGAGUCCUCGCCAGCCCACGACUUCGAAAGCUUACGCAACCAAAGCUUUAAAAGCCAGAACGAGCAGGGAAUCCAGAAGCCUUCAAAGCAAUCAGCACCACAGCCGAGAUAUCUUCUGCCGUACUUGACUGAAGUUACCGAGUCGCCGACAAGCGAUCAGACUUAUGGCCCGACGGACGAACUGCUAAAGCUGACGCCGCCCGGAGCAGUCAAAGGCUCCGUCAGUGGCGCAAAGCAAGCGGAGGCCGUUCCGAGCAGCAUGACAGUAAGACCCUUGACACAAUGGGUGGCUACCGCGGCGAGAAAGCUCGAUCGAACGCUAGGACCAGUCACGACGAGAUCUUACAACAGUCCUCGCCAUGUUGACAGCAGCAUACCGCAGUCGUGGUCCAAUGUCGAUAUGGAGAACAGUCGGGCGCGGCCUGUGACCAGUGCAGUUGGAUUGCCACACACUCGUCCCGUGUCUUUCGAUACCGUCGCCUCGGCUGGGGCGAACUGGGAAGAUAUUGCUGACGAUGACGGACCCUCCGACAUACAGGACGAUCGGAAUCGUGACAGCUUCGUCAGCCACGCCGACACCAGUGAUGCAGGGAGCGCUUAUAAGCAGGACAUUGGGCAGCUACCGUUGCAAAGUCUGCCGUCUCUUGGUACUGUGCGCACAGGGCGGGCCGUUCAGAUCGACCGACAGUAUGAAAGCCCAGAGUACCAGCUGCACACGUCGCGUGCUCAGCGAGUGAAAGGCGAACCGACGAACAACUGUGUCAAAAGGUGCGCCACGGAGUUGAUCACGGCUUCCCUUAUGCAAAGCCAGCUUACCGAUCUCCGUGGCUUGGGUAUUACCCCCGACGCGCAGCUCCAGCAGUAUCGCGACGAAGUUGAGCUUAAGCAGCUCAGACUGCAACACCGUGCUGUUGUUCAAAAUGCCGCCGACGAGAUCGGGAAAGGGAUGCGCGAGCGCGAGCCCAUGUCUGAUCGCAAGAAGGGCAAGCAGCGCGCCUACGAGCCAGACCAGAGGUUUCGGAGCAUUAUGAGCAAGCUCGGCCUUCGCCAGGCUCCAAGCUUCAGCUCCUCUACGCGCGGUUUAUUCGGCAAGCAGACGCCGUCCUUGCAUUCGGAGCACCGCUUCAUCAUGGAUGACCAUUUUCGUACUUCGCCAACUUCAACCCGCCUCGCUUAUAGCGAGACCGCGAAUGCUUUUGAAACAGUGCACGGUGAGCUACCGAAUACUCCAAGCUCGCCGUACGGUAUGUUCGAGGCUUCACCACUCCCACAGCCGAAUACUAAUGGCUCUGCGGACCUUCACCGAGACCACAUUGCUGUCGAGAUGCAGCGCAUCAGAGCCUGCCCUGCUAUGAGCGGCCAGAAAGCUCCGAUACCUUUCAUCUUAGGCAACAAUGCAGACAGCGCAAAUGCGCUCGAAGCCCAGGACAGCACACUUACCUCGCACCUGCCAAACCGUCGCCUUACCGACGCUGAGCUUCAGGACCGCGAGCAGAACUGGACCAUGGAUACACCUGUCUGUGGCCAGCAUAAUGCCUUGGACAUGCCCUCUCACGCCAAUAUGGAGCCAAGACUUAUUGCUCGAGCCGCUGCGGGUGCUCCCGACCUACACGUUAUGCAGAAGCGAAUCUCUGAGCGCUACCUCUCUAUGACUGCCUGGUUUCCAAUCUCCGCUUUGGUGUUUGGGCUCGGAGGGUUUGACGGGAGGAUGAGGGCUCAUACCAGAGGGCGUGUGGUGGAGAUGAGAAAGCAGGACAAGUUCAGAGCGCUGGCCGUUGCGACACCAUUGGGCAUUCUUGCCUACGCCAUGGUAGCGAUUGUGGUGUUUGUUCUCGUCGAGCUUAGCCACCUUUAG